AUGCUGGUGCAAUUUAUUAAACUCCGAAACAAAUAUUACAAACUACGUUUCUCUUUAUUUCCAGCAUCAUCAUGUCACCAGGAGUUCAGCAGCGACGGCACGAAGCACGGCACGCUGACGUCACCACACUACCCUUCGCCGUAUCCUCCGAACACUCAUUGCCAUUAUGAGUUCUUCGGGAGAGGAAAAGAGCGAGUUAGAUUAAUUUUCCAAGACUUUUACUUGUAUAAGUCUCCUGAUGGAUCUACAGAUUGCACGAACGUGGAUUCGUUGCAAGCCUUCGUCAACGUGGAUGGGCGAUUAGAAAAGGUGGCGACAUACUGCGGAAUCGACCUCCCUAAGCCUAUAAUGUCGAAUGGACCGAAACUAAUGCUGGAAUUUCGUGGAACACAAUCUUCGAGAUACUCAAGAGGAUUUAAAAUAUCUUAUUCGUUUGUAGAAAAUUUUGGAAUAAACACAGGAAGACAGCUCAAAGAGUUUCCUUGUGCUUUCGUAUACAAUAGUAGUGAGGCGCGGAACGGCACGUUUGCGUCUCCUAACUCGCCAGGACCUUAUCCCAGGGAUACGGAGUGUACAUAUUUCUUCCACGGCGGCGAGACUGAGAAAGUGCACCUGCAUUUUACAAAUUUUGACGUUGAAGGAGUUUCGCCGUGCGAAGCAGUGUCGGCGAGUGAUUAUGUCGAAUUUUCGAACUAUAUGACUGAAGACAAUAGGUUUGGUAGAUAUUGUGGGCAAUGGAAAGAGUUCCACGUAGAGUCUGAAAGAAAUUUCUUUAAAGUUACAUUUAGGUCGAACGACCGCUUAGAUGGUACAGGUUUUAAGGCCAUGUACCAAUUUUUAGAAGCCACUGACGAGUAUCGAGCUCCUGCGGUACACGAUAAGGCUUCAAAAUCUCUCUGUAUAUUUGAACGUUUUCUAAUGCUGAUCAUCCUCGCAAUACCACAACUGCAUCAUCAAUUAUAUCAUUAA